CGUUUUCAUAUCAGGCGGCGUGUUAUAGGUUUCUGAUAUUUGAACCCAAAUUCUCACCGGCGAUCGAUUUUUGCAACAUUGGGUUCGUGAAGAUGGUGGGGAAAUCAGUAAAAUUAUCUUCGAAAGACGUUACACCGGUUAAACUUAUUAGUCGAGGUUUAGUAUCUGAUUCAAUUGCUAGAAACAUCAAAGUGUGCCGCAACAAAGGGGACUUAUCUGAUAUCAGUGAUGCUGAGGUUGCUGGUUAUCUAAGUAAUAAAGAAGAAUUCAUUUUCAAGAAGAGAGCUUGGGAAUUGAUGAACCCUGAGUACCAAAAGGGAAAGAGGAGGAAAGUCGCCAAUGAGAAAAAGAAGGAUCCUGCUAAUAAGACUGCUCCUAGUAAGAAAGCUUUUGCAACCAGAACCCCAAGCAAUGUAGAAACUGAAAAUGCAAAGAGACCGAGUUUGGAAAUCAAUUACGAUGCCUUGGAUAAGCUAUUUGGUGAUGAUAACUCUCCAAAGAGGGAUAAUCUAGAGAAAGCAGUCGGUGUUGGUGACCAAGUGGAAUAUUCAAAUCAUAGCAGUGAAGAAAGCCUUUUGAAACCUCCGGGUUCUGAGGAAGAAGAACCAGCCUGGAGUGAGGAUUACAGUAAUGAAGAUGCGUAUAGAGGAGAUGAAGAAUGCUAUGGUAAUGAAGAUCUUGAAUUUGAAGAUGAAGUUGAAGAAGAAGAUGAUGAAGGGAUUAUUUGGUGAUCUCAUCUUAUGUUGUGAAGUGAUCUCAACAUGUCUUACUCGGAACAUUUGUUUUCUUGAAGUCUAUAGUGAUCUCUACAUCUCUUUAUUUGAUUCAUCAUCUUCCUAUCUAACAAAGCCACAUUAAUUUGCUGAUUCACAUGAUUAAUAACACAGUGACUGGCUCUAUUGCUUUUGUCAUCUGCAAA